CCAUUUCGAUUUUGCUCCCAAGGAGAUGAUGGCUUUCCUUCUUCUCCUCCUUCUUCAUCAUUGAUGCUGUCUAUCCUGUACAGAAUUGUUAAUUUAUGGCUUCUUCUCAAGUUGAUGUUGUUGCCUCUUCACCAUUCAGCUGUGUUCUCAGGGAGCAAAGCCGUCGAGAACGAUGCCAUGACACCAACGUCAGAGCUUCUCAGGCUGCAUUCGAGAAGAAUCUUAAAGAUUUGGUCAGGGAUCAUCUCCAUACAUGCAUUUCUAUCUCCGAUCAAUAUUCUCAAAACCAGAACACUUCCAUUGAUUCCUGGAUCGCCAAUGGGCAGAGAAACACCAAUUGUCGAAUUCCCCACAAUCAAAAUUGUAGAAGCCAAAGAGAUGUUCAUGUUGAGUCAUCGUCUUCCCAAGCUCGAGAAAUACCAUCGACCAUUGAGAAAAAGGCACAGGAGGUGGAGAUAUUGGCUUCUGCAAAUUCACCCACUACCUCAACAUCAUCACAUUCUAAUGCAUCCGAGAAAGACUCCCCAACCCAAACAGAGAAUGCCCUUGCUCGAGCUUCCUCACUUGUUCAAAUAUGGGAGGCCAGGCUGAAUCGAACAGGGCCUGGUAGCAUCCCUAACGGGCAGAACCAAUGCCAGACCAGCAGGACAAGUCCCGGGUUGAGCUCCGCUGAGAAUUUUUCCCCUGUUGACGAACCCCCUUCACGAAAUUCUGAAUUAUGUGAGCAUGGUGAUGAAAGGUCGGAAAGCAGGACCAACAAUGAGGAUAAGGAUAAUUUGACAGAUUGGGAAUCACAUUUUGAUAGGAUAGCGCUUAGUGAAGCUCCUUCUUUCUCAAAUGGAGAGAAAGAAAGAGUUAGAGUAGCAGAUAUCAUCAAAAGAUUGGGGAAUAAUGUAGGGGAUAGCUCGCCAACUAGGGAGCGCAAACAUAUCCUCAACCCAGAACAAACAGAGCAGAAAGGCUUUUCACAGGUUUCAAGUUCACCCCGGGUUAGAGGGAGACAAGCACUCCAUGAAUUGCUUGUGUUGAUGGAACGGGAAAGGCAUAAGGAGCUGGACUCCCUCGUGGAACGUCAACUAGUCUCAAAAUUCCCACAGCGUGGCCGCAUUCAGUCAAUGCUUCGGUUGAGAUGCCUGCAGCGUGGCCUGGCAACUCCGCAUUCAACAGGAGCAGAAGAGAAUAGAAACCAUCCUAAAUCUGGAGGAGCUGAAGUGAGCAGGUCACCACCAGGGUCUAACAUCAUGCAACUAAGGGAAAAAUUUAGCACAAGCUUAGAGCGUGUUAUGACUGUGCCAAGCCACAUGGCUUCUGCAAGAAUCCAUCGCAAAGAAACGGCAAACAGAACCCAACAUUCAGAUACUCCUUCCACUUCCACUCCACCUAGUGAAGACAGGCAUCGGAGUACAUUGCUAGGAAAACCACCUCUGCCUCCGUCCGCUGAACACAAUCAUCCUACUAGACACAGGACUAUAUCGCCCAAAGAUCAUUUAGUGUCUCCAUUGAAUGAACGCAGUCAUCUCCAAGAAUUGUCCUCUAUUGAGCAUCAGACUACAUUAUCAGAAAUGCAUUCAUUGAAAAACAAAAUUGAAUGUGUUGUUGAGAAAAGGAAGCCACAUUCAGAUGUUGUGUGCCAGACGACCUGCUUGGAGGCAACAAAUCUUGCCCCCCAAAAGACUACAGAGGCAUCAACUUCCUUGAAUGGUCAGGAAGAGAAUCAGAUGGUCAAAGAACCAGAUGCUCUUAGCCAGCAACAUCUUGAGAUUGCCUCACAAGCAACUGGAGAAACAGAAACCAUAGCAUCCACUAAUUUUGCAAUUGAGAACAUUGAGAUGGCUGACGAAGAAGAUGUUGAGAACCAACAGCAUUCCUAUCUUGACUCUCAAGAAAUUGUGGAGACAGCAAUUUCUUACGAUGAUUGGGAUGAGAAUGACAUGGUAGAAGAAGAGGAUACUGAUUACCAACAGUAUUUUGAAGGUGAAAAUUAUGACUGGUUUAGUUAUAUUGCUAAGCCACGGAGUUACUGGGAGAAACUGAGGCAAGCAUGGUACCAGGAAGUGUUUAACACCACUUCAGAAGAUGAGGAGAUACGUCAACUCCUUGAAAGGAGAAGAGUGUCAACUUGUCUUGCAAGUGAUUUUCGAAACAAAAUGGAUCAGGUUAUGAAGUCUCGUAUAGAAAUGCAAGUGAGUGAGGGGGAAAGUCAAGAAGAUGAACCUAAUGAAGAAGAAAGAAUGCUUCAACUGAUGUCUUUUUUCACGAGACAAUUGCAUGGAGCAGGCAGUCAAGAAGGUGAGGGAGAAGAGGGAGGUGAGGUUGAAGAAGAAGAAAAUAAGCAUGAAGAAGAUGAUGAAGAUGGAGAGGAGGAGGAAGAGGAAGAAGAAGACGAAGAAGAAGAAGAAGAAGACGAUGAAGAAGAAGAAGGUGGAAGCACAAGUAGUCAUCAAUCUCAUGAAGCCACUGAAUAUUAUGAUCAAUCCUCACCAUCCAUACAAAUGCCUUCACCAUCUCUAUUAUUGUCAUGGAACUAUCAAGAUGAUAAUGAAACUGGAGAUGAUUCUAAUAGGAUUCCAUCCAGAUCUUCACCUGUUCACCCACCCUCACAAGCUCAAUCUUUUCAAGGCAGUCAACAGUCAUCUUCAAAUAGGCAUUCAUUGGAAAUGGAACUCAUAUGUGACUUAAGAGGACGCAUGGAGCAACUUUACCGUGAGAUGGCUGAACUAAGGAAAUCAGUUAUAAGCUGCAUGGAUAUGCAGAUGAAAAUGCAACAGUUCUUCAAUCAAGAGAUUCAUUCAGUUCAAGGGCAAGUGAAAAAUCAACCGGAUGGGGCACUACUCUUCAAACGCACUUGUUGUAUUUGCUAUGAAAUGCAAGUGGACUCACUUCUGUACAGAUGUGGGCAUAUGUGCACCUGCCUCAAAUGUGCCCAUGAAUUGCAAUGGAGUAGUGGAAAAUGCCCAAUAUGCCGUGCCCCAAUAGUGGAUGUUGUGCAGGUGUAUGUGGAUUCAUAGAAUACCGGUGAACGAGUUCUUGCUCGAGAGGACCAGAUCAGUUAACUUCCUGAACCUUUGAUUGGAAUGUGGAAGAUGCAUAUUUACUUUGUUUUUCUAUUUCCUACUAAUGUUAUCUAGUUUCUGUACAUGUCACCCCAUUUAACAACUACAUGCUUUCUCUUUUACACACACUUUUUUAUGUGUUUUCUAGGGAGAAAUUACAUUUUCACAACCUCUCAUACUCUUCUUUCUACUUACAAUUUUGAAGGGGAUUUUUUUUUUCUUUUUUUUUCUCUUUUCUUUUUUUUUUUUUUUUUCCUUUUAAGAUGUGCUGAACGACUUGAAUUAAAAAGCAAAUGAAUCUUUUGUGCAAUG